AUGAGCCUUUCCAACUCCAUUUCUCUUGUGUUUUUCUCAUCUUUUUGCAUCCAUGCUCUCAUUCUUCACUCAAUCUGUCUUUGCUUGGCCCUUCCCGGAAAUGAGACGGAUCGACUAGCCUUGCUUGAAGUCAAGGCUAGAAUACCCAGCGACCCCUUUGGAGUCCUGGCUUCAUGGAACGAAACCAACCACUUUUGCGGUUGGCAUGGCGUUACAUGUGGUCGUCGUCACCAGAGGGUCACCAGUUUGUCCCUCAAGUCGUUGAAACUAGCAGGCUCUAUAUCACCCCAUGUUGGAAACUUGAGCUUUUUGAGAGCACUUCAUCUCCAAAACAACAGCUUCAGCCAUGAAAUACCCCCAGCAAUUGGCCAUCUGCGCAGAUUGGAAGAUCUACGACUGGACAACAAUUCACUAACCGGUGAAAUUCCCUCUAAUAUAUCAGGUUGCUCUCCACUCAUAGAGAUCGUUCUUGGUUACAAUUUUCUGGUUGGAAAAAUUCCAGAGGAGCUUGGCACCUUGUCCAAGCUAAGACUUAUUGUCAUUCAGAAUAACCACCUUACGGGAAGUGUCCCUUACUCUUUUGGCAACUUAUCUUCUCUUGAAGCUCUCUAUGCAUCUUCUAAUAAUUUAACUGGGAGUAUUCCAGAUAUUUUUGGCCAACUGACCAAUUUAAGUACUCUUGUAUUGGAUCUAAAUGGCUUAUCAGGUGUGAUCCCUCCCUCAUUUUUCAAUCUCUCUUCUAUCACUAAUUUUGGUGCUUCUUAUAACAAAAUUCAAGGGACUUUGCCCUCAAACUUCCGCGUUGCCUUCCAAAGUCUCCAAUUUUUUCGUAUCAGCUAUAACCAAGUUACUGGACCCAUCCCUGCUUCAAUAUCAAAUGCCUCAAAUCUAGUUGCACUUGGACUGGGAGUAAACCAACUGCAUGGAAAAGUCCCUUCUAUGAAAAAUUUGAUUAGCCUUGAGGAGUUUGUUCUUCCUGGAAAUCAGCUUGGAAGUGAGGGAAUUGAUGACUUGACCUUUCUUUGCCAUUUGACUAAUGCCACCCGUUUAAGAAUACUGCAAAUUGGUAAUAACACUUUCGGUGGUAUGCUACCUCAAUGCAUAGCAAACUUGUCGUCUUCUAUUCAAUUCUUCCAUGUAAGUGACAAUAAAAUAUUCGGAAGCAUCCCAAAUGGCAUUGGAAAUCUGGUUAACUUGGAGAGCGUUCAGCUGUUCGCGAACCGGUUUUCAGGUCACAUUCCCCCUCAUGUAGGCAAGCUUCAGAGGUUAUAUGAACUAUCUAUGAAUAACAACUUUCUCUCCGGGAAUGUUCCAUCCUCAUUGGGAAAUUUAAGUCGAUUAACAAUAUUAUCUCUAUAUGGCAACAAACUUCGAGGCAAUGUUCCUUCAAGUUUGGCAGAGUGUCAAAAUUUGAUGGUCUUAUCUCUUGACGCUAACGAUUUUAACGGAAUCAUACCCCAAGAAAUCAGUGGUCUCUUGUCCUUAUAUGAUUUCAGUUUUUCUCAAAAUCAUUUCACUGGUUCCCUUCCCCGGGAUAUAGGAAAGUUAAUAAAUCUACAGUAUUUAGUGAUCUCUGGAAACAAGUUAUUUGGUGAAAUUCCGCCAAGCCUUGGUAGCUGUAUUAGAUUAGAGUAUCUAGACAUGGCUGAAAACUUCUUCCUGUUGGAAAAUUGGCUUGCAUAA